AUGGCGAGACCUGCAAGGCAAUUGGCAACGACCACCACUACCAUAACCUUAGAGAACCCAUCUCCGCCGCAGACAACAACCCUAACAUUGACGCUCAAUCCAAGGAAGAAGAAGGUGACAUGGAAAGAAGGCACCGUCGAUAACGAGUUUCUCCAAAAGAAGAGCUCAAAAAAAUGCUGCAUCUUCCAUAAACAAAAACCUUUCGAUGAAGAUUCCAGCGAAGACGAGGAUUGUCACGAUGAUCAUCAUGACCAUGAUUGCGGCGGAUCGAAGAAGGAUGACGACGGAGCAUCGACGAGCUAG